AUGGACUACUCAAUUGUUAGCGCAACACUGUUGUUGAGCUACUCGGCUGUUAGUGCAACUUUGCUGUUGAGCUACUCAGUUGUUAGCGCAACUAUGAUGUUGAGCUACUCAGCUGUUAGCGCAACUUUGCUGAUGGCGCAUCUUCAGCAGAUGUCAUCUCUGAUAUAUGCAUCAGAGACCAACAUGGACAAGUACAUAAAGAUUGCUGAUCAUUUGCCUGGAAAGACAGUUCGUGAUGUGGCAUUUCGCAUCAAAUGGAUAAUUGAAAAGGAAAUUAUGAAAAAAGAUAAAAUGGGUUCAAAGAAAUUGGAUGAUGACAAAUCAAAUAUCUUUUUGGGUUCUAUUAAUUCACAUGAGACUGACUCAUACAAAGCUACAUUAGGCGUAGUUGGAGAGCUGUUGGAAGAAAACAACAAAAUUUCUGAUCAAAUUACCUCAAAUUUCAGCUUUCUCGAGAUACAUACAAAUUCCAAUCUCUUAAGCCAAAUAAGGAAUAACAUAUUUAAAAUGUUUAGCUACAUGGACGAAGAUAUAGAGAUAAUGAAGAACCUGCCGCCAAUUCCUGAUAAGAUUAACAUUGAUGUUGCAAACUUGUUCCUAGGACCUUCUUAG